AUGCUGCUGUGUCCCAGCCUACGAACAGCAAGCUGUGCAGCUCAAAUGAAGCACCCAAAACACAUCAUCGACCCCAACGGGGACGUGACCAUAACACUCCUCAACCCAAACGCUCCAUUUGCUGUAUCUGAAGAAUGGGACUAUGGAGAGGAUGACCAAUCACGCUCGUGGUUUGGAACAAGACAGUGGAAUCCGCUGAACAACGAACAAGCGGUCGAUUCGCUGCUUGAUCUUACUAUCAUUAAUCAAGACGACCACGACGAAGCACCAAAAUCCGCAGAACCAGAGACUUAUGUUUCCCUAUUGGCGGCAACGGAUCUUACGAGAGUGCCGACUCGCCGACAACGUUAUCGUCCACGGAGAAUGAGCGAAAGCGAAUGUAUUCGGAGUGAAUAUACACGCAAACCCGCAUUCAACGACGAGUACACCUACCAAGUCUCCUCACGACAUCUGAUCCUUGCCUCUCCAUUCUUCCGCGCAGCACUAACAAAAGGGUGGAAGGAGACCCAUACCCUAGGCACACACGGCUCCGUCUCAUUCACCGUCUACGACUGGGACGAUCAGGCGCUCUUGACUUUUCUGAAUAUUAUACACGGACAACACCGCGAUCUGCCCUGGAAAGUAGGGCUAGAGCUCUUGGCGAAGAUCACCGUCAUCGCUGACUACUAUCAGUGUAUAGACGCUAUUCAAUUCAUGGCGCUGUCGUGGUAUGCUUAUCUGAAGCCAACAUGCUCCGACCUGGUUCGGCCGAAGGAUAUUGUCUUGUGGAUGUGGGUGUCCUGGGUGUUGGGUCUUCCAGAGCAGUUUCGGAAGGUUGGCACAAUGGCUAUGGAGCAAUUGAAUGAGCGAAUGGAUUCGUUGGGGUUGCCUAUUCCAAGGAGGAUACUAGGUGAGUGCUAUACAAAUUGGUUAGAUGCAGUAGCUGAUUUCCUUAGAUGCUAUCAACCACCAAGAAGGGUUUCCUAG